AGAAAUAAUUAUCCUAGAAAUAUUAUUUGAAUAGAAGUUGAGCCUAUUAACAAUUAAUAGAUAACUGUUUAGAAUACUUAGGCCUACUUUUCAUUUUGUUUUCAAUGGCAAACUCAAAACAGCGCCAAAACAAACACCAGUGGACAAAAAAGUAUUACAUAUGUACUGUUACGACUCACCAUAGAGAAUGAAUGGGGAAAAUUAAGGAGGUUUGGCUAUAGUUUGACGGUGUCGUACUCCUGUGCAGGCCGAAUGCUAUAUACCACGGACAUGUUUUGGGGGGCCACCCAAAAUGAGGUGGCAGGCUGUAGUUUGGGGACCACUGUACUAAAGAAUGCAUAAUUAUGAGUGAGUCUAUUGUAUUUUUUUUUUGGUCCUAAAAAUCCCAUAGUACCUUAGAAUACCCUAGAAAUGCAAUCCAAUUUUCUAUUAUCAUUGACUGAACCAUAAACAAUUCAUCCAAUCACUAUGAUGCCUCAGGAGUUCAGACAUCUGCACCUUGAGAGCUCGAUGGUGUUUUAAGCCCCCACUGUUGACUUCAAGACAGCGCUGCGACUGGCAAGGCACCUAACACUAACUUUAACCCUAACUCUAACCCUAGUGCCUUCCAUGCAAUGCUGCAUGGAAGACGAUGUUAGGUGCUUAAAACACCAAGUAACACCUUGAGACAUAUCCUUAUUAGAAUCAGAAUCAGUUCUGUUACAGUUUAUUCCAGUACAGUAACAAUAUAGGCAACACGGUAAACAUUAGAAACAAAUGAGACACUGACACACAUGACAGUUAGUCUAUGCAAACAAUAUUCACAAGAUUUAAGUGCAAAUUUCUUGUAAUUGGAUCAUAUUGUAGUAGUGAAAAAGGCUCGGGAUGUUUUGACAGGGAUCUUUUUCGGCCCCCUUUUUCUGGAGGAGUCUAUGAGUAGGGUGUGAGAGUCAGAGAGCAUUUUAUUCCCUCUUUUGACUAUACAUUUUGUCAUUCACAGAUUCAGCUGAUGGAAGAGAAGAUGAUGGAUGAUGUAUUGACUAUGUGCUGCAGUUUGACAAUAUGGCGACAUGCAUGUAGAAUAGAAUGAAUUGAAUUGAGUUGAAUUGUCGACUGUAUCUCUUAGUACAAAGUCUCCAAUCAUUCCCAUACCACAGCCUGAUAUGUACGUACGUAUAGUCACGUUUGCAGCUUUAUUCCAUUAUAGACCACCGUCACGUUGUUUACCUCACUCAGUUCCCCCAAGAGUAGGCUACAACAAUAGUAUCAUCCACAGCAACAUCCUUUAUGAAACUGUUGUUGUAGUGAGCUUGCAUAGCCCAGAAGCAUGGAGAGAACUAAAAGAGGAAGGCAGCUUUGUUCUACCAUGUGUAGGCUAUAACUGACAUGUUUAUCCUGGACUUAGUGGGUUUUCAUAAAAUAGAUUUUGCAUGACGCCAACUAAUAGGCUAUUAUAAUAAGCUCAUGUUUACUUAUUAUGAUAGUCUGUCUGCCGGCUGGCCCUUAGGCACUGUGAUUCAAGGUGACAUAUAGGCCCUAUGGUCUCUCAAAAGACAGACAAAUAUUGAAGUUUCAUUAUACAGCAAACAGGCGUUCAGUCUAGCAACUUCUACAUGUAAAAGAACAUGCAAGUUACAAGACCAGAAUUGUGUAACACGUUUGUAACAAGCUCAGGACAAAUAGCCUACAACUGACGGAGACGAGCUGGCCUAGACUUAUAGGGACAGACUUGUAAAUGUUGCUCUAUAAAGUCUGGAGUUGUUUCUUAUUUUAACCAUGCGGAGGUCUCAUUCAUCGCUCCUUUGUUCCGCUUUCUAUUUUUAGAAGCCCACUUUCCCUCUUUGUUUUCUGGUUUUGAACUGACGUCACUGGCAGGGAUUCCACCUACGUCAAUGGGUACCUCUGAUUGACGUCAUCGGAGGGACCUGCCUCCGUUGUUCUGCGCGAGACAAGCAUCGGCUGUUCUAUGCUAUGCCCUGCGUCCAAACUCAGUAUGGAACCUUGCCUUAUGAAAACACCUACUUCAACUCUGAGUUUUUGAACCCAGACCUCACCGCCAAGUUGGUCAUGGACCUCAGCAGCCAAACUGAGCAGCUCUCUGCCUCCUCGCUCCCCAGUAUCAACACCUUGGUAGGAGACUUCACGGGGGAGUUUGACGCUUUCGCCUGCCAGAUCCCGGCGGCUGCUACCUCCAGCUCAGCCCAUGGUGGCGCGGAGGCCUCCAGCCCCCACGACCAGCAGUCCCCCCUCAAGCUGGACGACCUCCAGGUCUACGGCUGUUAUCCAGGAACGUUUGCCCUCAGUUAUCUGGACGAGACUCUCUCCUCCUGCGGCUCUGACUACUAUGGUAGCCCCCUGUCGGCCGCAGCCUCGCCCCCAACCCCUGGCUACCAGGCGCAGCCCGUGUCCACCUGGGACUCUCCAUUCAACUCCUACUCGCCGGGCCCUGGCUGCUGGGUGUCCGACAAGCCAGGCCUGCCGCAGGCCCCCUCCUUUUUCACCUUCAACACACCCGUGGAACAGCCGUCCCCGCUGGACGCGGCGCAGGCCUCGCUGGGAGACGACGACCCCUUCUCCCAGCCCCCUCAGCAGCAGCACCAGCACCAGCACGCCUCUCCGUCCCAGUCCUUCGGCCACAUGGCCCUGGAGCAGGGAUCCCUGGACAACUCACUCCUGAUGGAGGGCUCCCUCGCCUCACCCAAGACAAGGAGUCCUGCGUCCAGCGAGGGUCGAUGCGCCGUGUGUGGAGACAACGCCUCCUGCCAGCACUACGGUGUGCGGACGUGUGAGGGAUGCAAAGGUUUCUUUAAACGAACGGUACAAAAAAAUGCAAAGUAUGUGUGCCUAGCCAACAAAGACUGCCCGGUGGACAAGCGGCGGAGGAACCGAUGCCAGUUCUGCCGUUUCCAGAAGUGCUUGGCUGUUGGCAUGGUGAAAGAAGUGGUGCGCACAGACAGUCUUAAAGGUCGUCGGGGACGCUUACCCUCAAAGCCAAAGAAUGUUCCAGAUUCAAGCACCUCAACCCCUCCUGUGAAUAUUAUUGCAUCAUUGGUCAGAGCCCACAUAGACUCCAACCCCACCUUGAGCAAGCUGGAUUACUCUAAGUACAAGGAGACAGUGGAUGGACUAACAGAAAAAGAGGAUGCCAAUGACAUCCAACAGUUCUAUGAUCUGCUGACAAGUACUAUGGAUGUGAUACGGAAAUGGGCAGAUUCAGUCCCAGGGUUCUCUGCAUUCUGCCCAGAAGACCAGGAGCUUCUCCUGGAGUCAUCAUUUGUGGAGCUGUUCAUCCUCCGUCUGGCAUACAGGUCAAGUCCCGAGAAAGACAAGCUGAUCUUCUGCAAUGGGAUGGUGUUGCAUCGCUUGCAGUGCGUCCGUGGUUUUGGUGACUGGAUCGACUCCAUCAUGGAGUUCUCCCAAAGCCUUCACCGCAUGAACCUGGACGUGUCCUCCUUCUCCUGUCUGGCUGCUCUCGUCAUUAUCACAGAUCGGCAUGGUCUUAAAGAGCCUAAGCGCGUGGAGGAGUUUCAGAACCACCUGAUUGCGUGCUUCCGAGAUCAUGUUUCCACCACCAAUGCGGACCCUAACCAAGCCCAGCCCAGCUCUCUGUCACGCUUGCUAGGGAAGCUUCCGGAACUGCGGACCCUGUGCAUACAGGGCCUGCAGCGCAUCUUCUACCUGAAGCUGGAGGACUUGGUGCCCCCACCACCCAUAGUGGACAAAAUAUUCAUGGAUACCCUUCCUUUCUGAUGGUCUGACAGACAAUAGAACAAAAACAUUUCAAAGGGAGAAAGGGAGACGGCAUGAAAGUUCCCUAUGAUGGGAAAGGACUAAUGUUGUGGACUUGGUUGCCAGGAAAAGAAAGAAAAUCCCCAAAAAGAAAGCAAACACAGCCAAAUAGGUCAUGGAGUAUUUUAGUGUCUUUUCCGGUUUAUUUCAGAACAUGGAAUGGACAGAUGGUCAGUUUGAUCAUGCCUCCUGUUCCAGAGACAAGAAGAAGUGUGAACUUAGACUUUUUCUUUUCUUUUCUUUUUUACAAAUGAGUUUAUUUUCCUCCACGUGCUGUUCACCACGAGUGAACUAUCUGUUACUCAUCCUUUUUUGUGCAGAGGAUGUCUAUUGUCAGAGAGCUAUUUGCAACAACAGAUAGUCGCAUCAAAGGGCAUUUCAAUCACAGUUGUGUGUCUGUUUUGUAUGAAUAUGUGUUUGUAAUUUUAGAGUGGCUUAAUUGCUAUGCAAAAUUUGCUCAUGUCUUUUAGUAUACUUUUUUGCACAUUGGGUUUUUGUGGAGGUUAUUGGGAUAAAAGGAAACCUCCAAUAACAAUGCUGUUACAAAACAGAGGCUUACAACUGUGCUACCCGUGCAGGCAUUAUAAUUUCAUUCAUAGAGACCAAAAUAAAAGAGGUCUCCUCAAUCACAACAAACACAACAUUACUCUCUUAUUUCACAGUGUGGUAUUGUAUGUUGCAUGACGCCUCACACAACAUGGAAGUUCUCGGACCAAAGGAGAGCUGCUCAUAUCGUGUGACUCAGUAUAUCGUUCUCAUGACAUGCUGAGUACAGCAGCACCAAUACGCCUUAGGCAGAGCCUCUGCUAACUAACCAGCAUUUUCAAGUUAGAAUAAAGGGCACAGAAUUCCCAUUUGGCAGCUAUAGAGCCACGAGUCAGACGGUACUGCACUAAAACUGUGGUUUCAAUCAUAUCACAUUCAAUCACAUUCUACUAUUCAACCUGGACAGAACACUUUUGGCAGCCCCCCUCAGUACAGUGCCUUUAACAAUACAACAUUGUUUUUUUUGGCUCAUUUAUUUUUGCAUUAUGUUGUGUUUAUAUGUUUGUCCUUACAUUUACAUUUAUGUUUUAUUUUAUUUUUGAUAUGCAGAGCAUUAACAACCAGAACUGUUUAUGACAAAUCAACUCAUAGCGGAUAUACGGAAUAUGUGCAUGGUUCAAAAUCACUUGCCGUUUCCAACACAUUUCUGUAAGGCAGUGAUAUUAUUCCACGCGACAGGUGCUCGACAUUGUAUUUUACUGCAGCUGUAUUAUGGUUUGAGUGGACUUCUGAAUAAAGAAGUACAUGAUUUUUCCUUA